UCCCCAUGUUUCAAUAAAGAGGUGUUUCUAAUCAUACAUCCCAAAGUAAGCUCCGCUCCUCUGUGAGACUUGAGAAUGUCUGCAUCAUCCAGAAACACUCGUACUUGGCCAAGUGUGUGCACUGAUCUCACACUUGGCCGGAGCAUCUCAUCUUCUCUCCUCAAUACUUCAAAGCCAAGGGAAGAAGCAUUGAGGAGCACACUUCCAGGCAAAGCAGAGAAUUACCAUCAUCAAAAUUCUUCUUUAUCUGUCAAGGUCUACAUGGAGGGAAUCCCAAUUGGCAGAAAAGUGAAUCUGUUUGCUCAUGAUGGUUAUGAUGCUUUAAUCACAUCUCUGAGCCUCAUGUUCAAGAUCACCAUUCUAUCAGGUCCUGAUCAAGUUUAUUCAGAGAAAAAUUAUGUGUUAACUUACGAAGAUCAAGAAGGGGAUUGGAUGCUGGUUGGAGAUGUGCCUUGGGAGAUAUUCUUGACUAGUGUGAAAAAAUUGAUGAUCACUAGAGUGGACAGAUGUGGAAGCAGCUGGAAUACUCCGAGAGAGAAAGUGGCAACCAAGGACCGUCGUUGACGGCAGGGGCUAUAUGUGCCUUUGAACAAGUGCCAUUAUUUUUGUUCGAUCGUCGUUCAUCUAUUUUUGCGGAAAAUGAUUUCUACUCGAAGAGAUUUUCAGAAAGGACCUCCUGGCUGGAUGAUUUGCAGAUUUGUUAUUGUUCUAUAUGUUUGGCUCAGCUAGAAUAUGUCAAUAUAAGAUGUGCUUGUAUA